GUUAUAAAAUGCAAACUUGUCGCUGCAUUUAUUGUCAGUCCAUACACUAUCUCAAACCAAACAAAAAUGAAUUCCAAGAUUACCAUAAUCCUACUAUCAUUGUUUGCCAUUGCCAAAGCCGGACUUGUUGAAGUCCUUCAAGGUCCCAGCAGCAAAACCAAAAUUUUGGGUCCAGACGGCAGUGCUAUUGAUGCGGUAGCUCCGGGAGGCACUGUUGUAACAGAUGGGCAAGCAGUCGUUCCUGCUGCUCCUGCUGUUCUAGCAGCUGAACCGGCGACGGUCGUGGCUGGCCCUGCAGGAUCUAUUGCCACUAGUCACACGUUGGCGGGACCUGCAGUUGUCCCUGCUGUAGCGCCGGUUGUCGCUCCUGCUAUAGCUCCGGUUCUUGUUGCCGAAGGACAUGAAGGCGAAUACAUUCCAGACAAUAGUGAACAACUUUAUGACGAUGGCUCUUAUAAGGGAGAAUAAUUACAGAGUUUUACUAUUCGGCUUAUUUAUGGUUAUUUUAAUGUAGUUAGUGAUGAAACAAUUUUGUUCAAAUUGUAGGUAGUGAAUGUAUGUGCCAAUAAAUUAUUUAUUUUAUAA